AUGGAAAUACCGAUAUAUACCAUAUCGUAUCAUCCGGAUUCAAAUCCUAACGAUAAAAGUUUACAUGGAAAAUUUGUUAAAAUUAAUGAAGCAUAUAAUAUUCUUAGUAAACAAUCAUCCAGAACGACCUAUGAUCAAAUUCUAAACAAUUCACAAGUAUCUGCCCACAAUCAACAAUAUAGGUCUUCAUCAUCGUCUUAUCCAAAUGAAGAUCCUUUUAUAAACAGCAAUCGGCAACGAAAACAAUAUCAGCAGCAACAACGUACAUCACAUGAUUUUGACUGGGGAUCGCCACCACACUUCGAUUCGAAUUUUAUGGAAAUGCUACGAAAGCAAAUGGAGCGAAAUCGUGAAAAACAACAAGAAGAGGAAGAUAGAGCUCGACAACGAUACGGUCAUUACAAUCCUUCUAGACAAGAAUUUUAUUUAUUUCUCCCUCUGACAAUAAUCGCGGUUAUUAUAUCACUUGGAGUUGCUAUUCAUGCUCUUCAAUGGAGAUUAAUGAAAAUGACUGAUCCACAUAGUUUUAGUCGACAUCACGAUUAUGGUACCGCAAUGGAUUAG